AUGGCUUCGGGAUGUGAUUCCUUUGGCCAUCUCUUAAUCUGUUCGAUCGUCUCCUUCCUUUCUUCUUCCUUGGUGUUUUUUGGACUCCAGAGGAUCAGUUUCCACCGGUGUUCGCGCCUUCUUGAGGUUUUGAGUUCGUCGGCCAUUCUAUGCAUCGCCGUCGGCCGUAUUGAGCUUCUUCGUCUAUCUCACGUAGCAGGCACUUUUCUCGUCCUAUCUUUUGGAUUUGCCGACCAAAAUGAUGUUUUGAGGUCGCCUGUGAAGUUUGGUGGACUUCGGUCGUGCCGUUUGGGAGAUGGUCGAGCAUUGUCGCUUGGUUCGUCGAUUCUGGCCGAGAGAGUGGUUGUGAUGUUGAUAUCUCCUUAUUUACUCGGGCCAAUUGAGUUCUGCUUCGACCGAACUGUUUUUCUAUCCCUCCUGGAUUGA